UAACCUAAAAUUUUAUUAGAAUUUAAAAAUAAUAGAUAGAGAACUGAGGCUGGAAAGUAUUAUUCUUUAUCUUUUCCUCAGAUACUUUUCUUCCAUUAUGUAACAGAAUUUUAUUAGAUAUUAUAAGUAUUAACCAUUCGCUAGAAAAAAAAACAAAAAUGUUUGGGCUGCGGGCUUCUGUUAGGAAAUCAGCUAUUAUUGUGCCGACAAUGUUUUCACAACAAACAAGGAACACUUUUAUCUUGCGACGCAGAUGGCCACCACCACUUCACAAGAAAGGUGGUAAAGUGCCUAAAAUGAAAGGCAGACACUUCGUUUAUGACUUAGUAGAAGAUACUAGUGUUAAAAAGAAACCAGACAUAAGAAUUGUUUUAAAUCAAUUUGUUGAAGGAGUUGGAACAACUGGAGAUGUUUUAACACUACAUUUGAACAAAGCAUAUGAAAACUUCAUAUUGCCAGGUCUUGCUGUGUAUGCCAAUCCAGAAAAUUUGGAAAAAUAUAAAACCUAUGAAAAACGUCCUCUAGAAGAAAAUACUCACAGCUCUCCAUUUGUUAAAAGGACAAUGGAUUGUUUACACAGAUUAGUACUUCGUGUAACAAUGAGCAAUUCUGAACCAUGGACUCUACAGCCCUGGCAUCUCAAAGCUUCAUUUCGCAAGUCAGGCUUCGUAGUUCCUGAGAGUGCUAUUGAAAUGCCUCCAGUGCAAAUCAAGGGCCCAGAUCCAAAUUUACUCGACAAAGAAUUUUAUGUUACAGUAACAAUAAACAAAAAGGAGAAAGUACAUGUCAGAUGUAGAAUAUAUCACUGGGCAGCAGGUCAAGAGCAAUUACCUUUUGAAGAAAGUUACUGGAAGAAACCUAAACAGCCACUGAUACCCGAACAAGCAGAAGUACUUCAAAAAUUUCCUUACCAAAAUGAAUAGUAACAGAUUUUUAAAUGCAUAAAUAAU